AUGAAGAUCAUCCUGUUGGUACAGCUCUUGACCCUCGCCACGGCAUUUCAGCUGCAGCCAACCCAUGGUGUAUUUUCACCCAGACCAGAAUUCCCAAGAAAAUCACUCGUCUCGCAUGUGGAUGUCGGCGAUGAUAAUAGUAGUGGUAGUUACAACAAUACAUGCGACUCUGUGGAACUCGAAAACAAGAAGAAACGGUUUGCACCCUGGCGGAACUUUUUCCAAAGAAAAGACAAGAAUCCUCACCAUGAUGAUCAUAAUGAUCAUCACCAUCACAAUCCAGCCCUGCAUCAGCUCGAUCAUCGGUCCAAGGAAAAACUAUCCAUUGCCGUAUCGGAAAAGGCCACGGACGCUGUAGUACAAACGGUGGAAUCGAAACUCGCCGAACGAGCGUCCUCCCGAGUGGAACGAACCGUGGAAAAACUCGUCGAAAAGGCCGCCAAGACGUCCGGCGAACGAACCGUCGAACGGGCCGUCGAACAAGGGCAGUGGUGGAAAUUCAUCAUCGCACGACGGACUAGUGUGGGAGAACGAACUGUGGAACGAACGGGCGAGAGAGUCCUGGAACGAGCUGCAGAUCAUGUGGGAGAACGGGCUUUGGAGAGAACGGGAGAACGAUUGUUGGAAGCAACUGCCGGCAAAGGAGCCGAAAGAGACUGGGGAACGAAUAACAGAGCAGCUGAAAGAGCAGGAGAACACAUCGGAGAACGUGCCGUGGAGAGAACAGGCGAAAGACUACUGGAGCGGGCUGCAGACAGAGCAGCAGAACACAUUGGAGAGAGAGCAGCAGAACACAUUGGAGAACGUGCUGUGGAGAGAACAGGCGAAAGACUACUGGAGCGGGCCGCAGACAGAGCAGCAGAACACAUUGGAGAGAGAGCAGCAGAACACAUUGGAGAACGUGCUGUGGAGAGAACAGGCGAAAGACUACUGGAGCGGGCCACAGACAGAGCAGCUGAACACGUUGGAGAGAGAGCAGCAGAACACAUUGGAGAACGUGCUGUGGAGAGAACAGGCGAAAGACUACUGGAGCAGGCCGCAGACAGAGCAGCUGAACGAGUACUGGAGCAAACUAGUGGCCAGGGGGCUGGGCGAGCCAUUGAACGAAUCUUUGGUGUGUCAUCGGAAAAGCUGGCAUUGCGUCUCGGUCGUGGCCUUUUGAUCACUCUCCCUGUACUUGGUGGGAUCUUUGCCUUGUACUUGUUGAAAUCAGAUAUUGAGCGAUUGAAGGAAGAAUGGGCUCUUCGCGUCAAGACAUCCUCUGCCUUGUUUCUGGGAGCAGGUAUUGUCGAUGGGUUGGAUUCCUUUCUGCACUUUUUCAUUGGGUACGCACUAUGGAAACACCUGAGUCACAAGAAGCUAGCGGUGGCUGAAGAGCUGAGCUUUGGUUGUGCCAUUGUGUCAACAUUGUGUGCCGUUCUGGGGGAAGUUAUCAGCCUUCAAAUUCAAAAGCGACGGGAGUAUGACAACAAUGAUCCCGUUGUACCGACAGCUGAGUGAAUGAAAGUUGGCUGCUGGGUUUCUUCUUCCAGCACUGGCGUAACCAGCAGAUAGCUAGAACUUGAACGGUCAAGAGGCUUCUGCCUUUAAGGUGUCCUGGUAGAGGGGAGCAUGCAACCUUUUUGUGCCAAGAACACUGUACUGGAAUGUUUUGCAGGAUAAAUCUUUGAAAAGCAAAAUGAGGAGGGCUCUCCAAAACCCACCGUGCGUGCAUUGUCAUGGUUGCAGCAAUUGCCAGAAGUCAGCUUUGCUAUUCAUGUGCCGGUACAACCAUGGCUCUACCGGUAGUUCUGAUUGAACGAUUUGAUUGAGCAGGUUUUGCCAGCUAGUAAUAGUAAUGUAUUAGUUGGCCCAGUAAUAUCACUAAAUCACAAUUCUGUUAUUCA